AUGCAGUCAGAAUACAAAGAAAAACAAGAAGACGCUAAAGGUAAGCUUCAAAGCGAUAUUCAAUGUGCAUUUUGCUAAUUUAGUGAGCAAAGAACAUUUCUCCAUACAACGUCUUAUAAUUUUCUUGUUGUAUGAAUAAUUAAUUAGCUAAGUAGGAAAAUGUUGUUGAGGGCUCUCAUAGUGAGCUUGGGCUACCUGUAAUAAUAUAUGUACAGUAUCAAAUGAGAAACAUUCGGGGAAACAAGGUUUUAAGAAGUUAUAUUUACAAGACAAAGUGAAUUGUCUUUUCUAUGUGCAAUGAAAUGUAAUUAUAUGUGUAUUUAGAUCCUUGCCCUUAUUGCUAUUGUCACAUGAAAAGGCUAAGUAUAGCCCUAGAAACCAAGGUAUCUGCCAAGUAUAGUUGACCCAAGAAUUCUGAUGUUUAUAUUUGGGUUUAAGGUAAUAUAAGGGUCAAAAGUUACUAGAGAACAUUUUAUUGAAAAUUAUUUCAGCUUUGAGAUUGGUCGGAGGAUCCACGAGCUCAGAAGGAAGAGUUGAAGUGUUUCAUAAUAACAUCUGGGGAACAGUUUGUGAUGACUCCUGGGAUAUAAAUGACGCACGUGUCAUUUGCCGUCAGUUGGGGUAUCGUGACGCUAUUAGCUCUCCAGGGUCUGCUCGAUUUGGGGCUGGAAGGGGUAAAAUUUGGUUGGAUGAUGUAAAUUGUCAAGGCGACGAAACUUCAAUUGUCGAUUGUGGGCAUAGAGGAUGGGGCAUCAAUAACUGCGGUCACUCUGAAGAUGCCUCAGUAAUAUGUUAUGGACUACGCUCUGCAGGUAAGUUAAAAUAAUCCACUUUUUGCCUCUAGGUGACAUUCUCAUUAAAUAGAUAAAUAAAUAAAUAAUUAAAUCAUCGGGAGAAAUGGUCGGACAAAUACGCAUAUCAAUGAGCCAUUGAGGCGCGCGAAAUUUAAAGACAUCAGAGCACUUGUGGCUUGCAUUUGCUACUCCGACAAAAUUGUUUUCAAGAUAUCUGAUUCACGCUUAACUGCAUAGUUAUACAGUUUCGGCUAUGUUAUAGGCUUAUCUAGGUUCAGAUUAGUUAUUGGCGGUUUCAUCUGCGCGAAUAUUACCAUUUUCGACUCUGUUUUCGACUGAAAAUUUACAUAAAGCCUCCAAUUCUCUUUAUAGAGCGCGGCACAAUUUCUUGCUAUCGUUGUCUAUAUUAAACGUCCCUCUUUAUUGCGCGUCCGACGGGUGUAUUCAGGAGACUAACUUCCGAUGCGAAUGGGCCGAUUCUAAACUUCGCACUGAUCACUCUAGUUGUGCGUUAUCUUCGUUCACAUGUAAUUUAUUAAAGGCAAACUUACUUCUUUUUUGACUCCACUUUUUUCUCUACCGCCGUCUUACUCAUAGAGUAAUCAGUUAGAGCUAACGAAACUAAAAUUUUCGACUGAUCAUUAAGUCAGUUAUCUGUAAGGAAUAAUUAAAAUGCGUAAAGGUGUGAUCUGGCCUCACAAAAGGGAAAACAAUAGAGAGAUUGGGCUAUUGUUAGUUUCACCCGCCUACUCCACGAUGAAGAGUACUGCCGCGCGUUCAUGUUAACCAAUGAAAAAGACUCAUGUUCAGCAGUUUAGAAUUACAAUAAGCUAUAUAAUUAUGACAGACCUAGAAGCUUUCCCCGAUAGUAAGUAAAUGUCCCGAGAACAAUGGCCAUUUCUCUCUGCAAAGGUGAGCCUCUUGUGCGAUUUAGUUAUCUGAAUUUGAAGUUUUUGACAAGGGAGUGAGUCAGAUGACUAAAAGGUUGUAUAAUUCUAAGAAGAGUUGAUGGUUUAAACCUAUAAAAUUGGAAAGAUAAAGGAUCAAUACAACUAAUUGUUAGCGGAUUUCAAGCUUUGAAAGUAAUUAUUUUGGCCUUAGCAAACAGUUACUGUUUGACAAAAUUCGCAAUGCUGCACUGCAUGGCUGUAGGUCCGUAUGAGGUGCAAAAACUGCCUCUGGUCAAUUUCUAUUUUGUGGUCCAAAAACAACAGAAAAACCUUAGAGAGUGGCUCUUAAUUUUAACUAUUUAUGUUCUAACAUGGUUAUCAACACACAGGACUAGUUUUAGAAUUCAUAACAGGUAUUAAUAAAUGUCCUCCAAAAAGGCAUUACUGCAAUUUUCAAUUCAAAUCGCACAUAAUAGGUCAUAAUAUGCGGUGGGAAUUAAUAUACAAUUCCAUCUUUAUCUUGGAACAUAUGUGCAGCAUCAAAUGAGAAACAUUCAGGGAAACAACGUUUUAAGAAGAUAUAUUUACAAGACAAAGUGAAUUGUCUUUUCUAUGUACAAUAGAAUGUAAUCAUGUGUAUAUUUAGAUCUAUUGCUAUUGUUACAUGAAAAGGCUAAGUAUAGCCCCAGAAACCAAGGCAUCUGCUAAGUAUAGUUGCCCCAAGCAAUGUGAUGUUAAUGUAUGGGUUUAAGGUAAUAUGAGUCAAAAGUUACAAGAGACCAUUUUAUUGAAAAUUAUUUCAGCUUUGAGAUUGGUCGGCGGAUCCACGUGCUCGGAAGGGAGAGUUGAAGUAUUUCAUGACAACAUCUGGGGAACAGUUUGUGAUGACUCCUGGGAUAUAAAUGACGCACGCGUCAUUUGCCGUGAGCUGGGGUAUCGUGACGCUAUUAGCUCUCCAAGGUAUGCCCGAUUUGGGGCUGGAAGGGGUAAAAUUUGGUUGGAUGAUGUAAAUUGUCAAGGCAACGAAGCUUCAAUUGUCGAUUGUGGUCAUAGUGGAUGGGGCAACAAUGACUGUCGUCACUAUGAAGAUGCCUCAGUGGUAUGUUAUAGACUACACCCUGGAGGUAAGAGUGCUGAGCAUGUAUUCUUUGUAAGACAACCUAAAACAAUCCACUUUUUGCCCUUAAGCGGCAUUCUCAUUAAAGCGAUAAAUAAAUAA